UAUGAUGCUGGUGUCGUGGGCCCGCUCGAAAUUGUGGUCGCAUUUAGUGACGGAGCAGCACUGCACGAGUGGGAUGAUGAGAGCCACGACCAGGCUAGGCCAGGCCAGGCCAGUGUGUCGCGUCGUCUCGUCGUCGUCUCAUUUGCCGUCCCCGUGGUGGACUUGCUUGCUUGCCCCGGACAAUCGUUGAAGUUACGAUGGAGGAUUUGUCCAUGCCGGAUUCUCGGGUAUGAUUCUAAUUCGGCCGUAACGGAGCUGACGUGAACACUGUGCAUAGUGCUUGUUCACUAUGCCUUUUCGGUGGUCUGUAUUUCAGCACGAUCAUUGGCUGAUUGCCGUCUUGCACGGGAGGCGGGGGACUUCUAAGACUUUCAACGCGGACGCAGGGUUUUCUUCUUCCUCCUCCUCCUCGUCUCCUACUUCGCUAGUCGAUCUCAUAUGUCGGCUUUGGCGGCUGGUUGGAGUUAUCCCUGAUCUUGUCAAAUUCGUUUAGGUUUGUUCUACGGGUUGACGCUUGCGUUUGUUAGUGUAUUCUAGCGUGAGUUCACGAGUUGUAGGGUUUGGUUAUCGGUCGGUAGAAAUUCUUGAGCUACCCUGGUGACUCUAAUUUGAAAUGCUGUCGGCAUGAGAAGGUUUUGUGUGUGUGUGUAUGAGCUUUAUUUAUUUUUUUAAUCUUGUUGAAGAGCUGGGUUGCAGCUACAACCACAUUUAGCUUCUGGAGUAAAACACAGGGUUAGAACCUGGAUCAGAGUGAACCUUGCCCGUAGAGUGUGAAAUUGGUCACAGAAACGCGGAAUGUAGGACACUAGCACCGCGAGCUGAUGAAGACACUGACGUUCCAAUUAAGUUUAUUUCAUUAAUAUCUCAUUGAAGAGCUGGUACACACUAACUAAUCUCGUGAUCGAUUUAGUUAAGUUUUGUUCCCGAUUUCCAACGAUCAAGGUGAGAGGGACAGAUUUUUAUAUUCGUUCUUUUUUAACUCCACAGGGAACUAGAGUGGCUUGAGCUUCAAAAAUAUCGAGUAGAAGUAGCUCUGUGACGAGUGACAUCACACAUUUGUAGGAUUUUUUCAAUGCCAUUGGUUUAAAGUUUCCGUACAAGGAAAGGACCAUCGAUCUUGGAUAAUACCGGCAGGUAUAGUGACGGUGCCAUUGAUGGUCGAAGCUCUGGACCAAGGGAAGACGUUUUCUGCACAGAGCAUUCAGAGGUCUUACGUCUGUAGGAAUGAUCGAAUCUCCUCGAUGGAUCGGAGGUGGAAGACAUGGCUCGGGAGGAAGAAUUUCCACAAAGCUUUCCAGGGCAAUCAACUUUGUUCUCAUAUUGGGCGCAGGAAUGAUGCUUGGCGUUUUCCUGACACUUCAGUUUCUGAGCUACUUGAGGCUGGGCAUUCUGUCUCCCAGGGGAGCUAGAAUUUCUCAGCGGCACGGUCGAGGCGUACUCGACUACGAAGAUGCUAACCCUUAUUAUUUGAAUGUGAUGGAGGACGAGGAGCUCCUGUGGAGCGCAUCCAUGGUUCACCGUCGCCCCAAGCCUCCCGAAGUCGUUCGAAUUCCUAAAAUUGCAUUCAUGUUCCUGGCGGUGGGGCCUUUACCUCUGGCCCCACUCUGGGAGAUGUACUUCAAAGGUAACGAGGAUCGAUACAACAUUUACGUACAUUCUCUUCCUGGAUAUAAUUUGGAGGUUGAGCAAACAUCUCCGUUCUUCGGCCGGCAUGUUAGAAGCCAGGCCACAAAAUGGGGUGACCUCUCAAUGUGUGAUGCUGAAAGACGAUUGCUGGCAAAUGCGCUACUCGACCAAGAUAAUGAGCGGUUCGUCCUGCUCUCAGAGACUUGUGUCCCUCUGUGGACUUUCAACUUCACGUACGACUAUCUCAUGAAGUCGAACCAGAGCUUUGUCGGAGCGUUUGACGAUCCAGGGCCGGUGGGCAGGGGUCGCUAUGACGAGAGGAUGCUUCCGGAGGUGUCCAUUGAACAGUGGAGGAAGGGAUCUCAGUGGUUUGAAGUAGACAGAGAGCUCGCAACCUACAUUGUCUCUGAUGUUAAGUAUUAUCCCAAAUUUCGGGAUUUCUGUAAACCAAUUUGCUACGUGGACGAGCAUUACAUUCCUACCAUGUUGAAUAUCGAAUUCCCAAAAAAAGUGGCCAUGAGGAGUGUGACGGCAGUGGAUUGGACCAAAGGAGGCGCCCAUCCUGGCGAGUUUGGGAAGGAUGACGCCGUGGAAUUCUAUCAGCGGAUUCGAAGUGGCCAUGAUUGCACCUACAAUGGCGAGUCGGGGCAUCUCUGUUUUAUAUUUGCUAGAAAGUUUUUGCCCGAGAGCUUGGAGCCCUUGCUGGCCCGCAACAUCAAGCAUCGAGAAUUCGGCUAGAUGGUUCUUUCCUUUAAGUUACAAACUCUGGACAAUUCUCCACGCUUGGUCAAUGAGUAUGCUCAUGGAGGAGAGGACAUUUUCAGACUGCAAGUCGAACAGAGUGUCUGUAUCCCUGCUCCAUUCAGGAUAUGCUUUGAGAUUUUAUCGUGUUAUUUUUUCCUCUUCCCAACAGAUGCUCGUAUGGAGAGGCUGCAGGUUCUCUAGCAAACGGUUACUCGUGCCACCCUUCUGUCUGCGUGGAAUGGUUUUGAAGGUUGUGUAGCGAGACAUGCUGUCUGUGGACAGCAGAUAAGAUCACCUUCUGGAAUAUCAGUGCAAAUUCGGAAAUAAAUUCUGUAGAAAGCUUGCGAAUGGCUUUAGAGAACAUCAUGGCAAUAGGCUGCAAGAGCGCAGUGUACACACACAACAAUAUUGUACGAUACAUCAGUGGGAUCUGAGAUGUAAGGUGAGUUUGACCGAUCGCUGAAUUCAUUAUUUGAGGGGUCUGUGUUAGAUUAUCUCUCCGUCAUGCAUCCCCAAAGUUUUCAUGGA